AUGUCUUCAACUGUGACAACCGAAACCUCAACUGCCCCAUUGUCGUUGUUCCCCGACGGGCUCAAAACCUCCGGGCAGCACGAACCAGACUGGUCGCUCGUCCGCCCAUAUGAUGAGUUCCCUAAGCAAAUGACUGGCCCGACUGUCUGGGAUGCUGCCGAGUAUAGAGAUAGCCCCGAGCGCUGGACGUAUUCCUUUACAGACGAGGAGAACGCGGAAAUAAGUGCUGCGGCGGACCGCUUCAUCGAGUCGGGCACGCCCUUGACCGGCAUUACUAGGGCUUUAUUUCCCCUUCCUGUCCUCUCCGCUAGAUUGGAUGCACUGCGCGAGGACUUGUUGAACGGAAAGGGGUUCUUCCGGUUCAGGAACUUGCCUGUCCGGCAAUGGGGGCUUCACAAGUCCGCUGUCGCUUACAUGGGCUUGGGGACGUAUUUGGGGUACUUUGUCAGCCAGAAUGGACGUGGCCAUGUACUUGGUCAUGUUAAGGAUCUCGGGGAGGACCCGACGCAGACAUUUAGAGUCCGCAUCUACCGGACAAAUGCCAGACAAUUCUUCCACACGGACGCUGGAGACAUGGUUGGCCUUCUAUGUAUCGCGAAGUCGCUUUCUGGUGGUGAAUCAGACAUUGUCUCAACGCACAGCGUCUACAAUAAGUUACAGUGUGAGCACCCCGACGUUGUAAGGACUUUGGCCGAGCCGAACUGGUAUUUCGACAGGAAGGGUGAGGUAUCCGAAGGCCAGUUGCCAUGGUACAGGGGAGCGGUGUUCUGGCUUGAGACUGGCCCUAACCCAAGAGUAUACGGCAAGUUUGAUCCGAACAAUGCCACAUCGCUGGCUCGCUUCAACUCUGGCCCUGAUGCUCAGAUCCCACCGCUGUCGGACAAGCAAAAGUACGCCAUGGAGGUUCUAGAGCGAACGUGCAAGGAGCUGUCGCUACAUAUGAUCCUCGAGCCUGGCGAUAUCCAGUUCUUGCACAACCCCCAUGUGUUCCAUGCCCGUACUGCAUACACCGACUACCCUCCUGGUUCAGUCGACGAAGACGGUAACCCGCGGCCCCAGAGACACCUCAUGAGAUUGUGGUUGGCGGUGCCGCAGAGCGAGGGAGGUUGGAAGAUCCCGUUUGCUGACGCCGACAAUAAGAAAAGAGGGGGUAUUCAAGUCGGCGACCAGCCACCAAAAUGCCCUAUCGAUGCAGAAUAA